AUAUUUUAGUUAGAUUCACUUUUUUUUUUUUUUUAAAUCAUCAUCUUCUAGUCCAUUUGUUUUAUAUUGCUGGUCGGUUGCAUCCCAAGAAAUAGAUCAAGAAACUGCGUUAUUAAGUAACAGAAUAAUCCGAAAUUCAACUCUGAUUUUGACCACACUUCUGGCAAGAAGACAUACCAGGAAUAUUAAGUCCUCACUUUCCCCACUUUCUGGAGGACCCUGGCAUGUCUAAAAGACAUCACUAUUCAGCUUCUGCAAAGAUGCCAAAAUCCUUUAGCAAGUUUACUUUUCUAUAUGUUUGUCAUUCAAUGCAUUAGGUAACUACCUGAUAUGAACAUGACAGUGACGAGGCGCUGUAACUCACAUUUUGCUUUCAUUAUUGCGACCAUCUUUUCAUUGUGCUUGCAAAUCAGAGCAAACUACAUUGACCAUCCUUGGGCUACAAAUGAGAGCUAUUUGAGUACCGUUACCCAAAACAUAAGUGAAAACCAGAGUACGACUGAAGCCAGUACAAAUCUUAUUACGCAAGACGCAGAUUACAAUGACACUUCAGUGACUACUUUUGAAAUACAGACAGCCACCUUUCAGUCAUCAACAUUUGGUCAGGAACCUUCAACAUCUUCCCCUGGCUUUAAUCUUACUUCUGCAGUUCAAGUCCCUUUGACCACCACCAAGCCCCACAUUACAACAAAAACUGAAAAUUGUGAAGAAAAGAAUAAAUCUCUGAUACUAAUUUGUUUCAUUAUAAUAGCAGUGCUUGUUCUUGCUUGCACAUUUCUAUUUUUGUCAACUGUGGUAAUGGCAAAUAAGAUAUCGUAUCUCAAAAGAUCUAAACAAGGCAAGCGCAUGCCCAGGAGUAAUGGCGAUUUUCUGGUUACCAGCAGUUUAUGGCCAACUGGAUCAGAUACAUGGCAGAAGAAGUCUAAAGAGCUAACAGGAACUGACUUGAUGAUGCAAGACCUGAUAUCAGAGACAGCUAUCACAGUUCAAAAGAAAAAUGCAGUUGAAACAACUGAGAAACUCACUAGCGGAAGAGCUAAUCAUCAGAAAAAAGAAGAAGAAUCAAAACCAUGCGACAGCAUCAUAACCAAUUUUAUAGUUGAGAUUUAAGUAAUGCUCAGAUUCCUAACAGACACAACAUUGCAGCCUUGAAGUAACAUUAUAGUGCCACAGGAGAACCAGGUUCACAUCCUGGAUUUGGUUUUCCACUGCAUAACAAUGGGAACUCUAUGCAGUAGCGCACAGCUCCAUAGGAAGGAGCACCCCAACUUGUGCGCACCCCAACUUGUUCAGUCAUUUGCAACAGUAUCCUGCACUGUUUUAAAGGCAGACCUAUCCAUUACUGCUUUGAAAGAAAUUGGUGGGCAAUGGAGCUGAGUGGGGAUAAAGCAACAAACAUUUAGGAUAUUAGGGCUGCAAAAGGAACCCCACAAAGGUCAUAGGGAGGGAUUCCAAUAGCCUAGUAGGUACAGAAUCUGCAAAGUACUAUUUAUGGGUGUACGAUUGCUUUUUUAUUUUAAAUGAAGCUCAUUUCUCUCUGAUGUAAUGAGUGACCCACAAACCAGUAGGUUGGAAGACCACUCUGAUAUUGCAAACAGAAUUCUCAAGAACUCCUAAGCAGUUUUGUACAUCAGAGGUUCUCAAAUUGUGGUCUGUUGGCCACUGAAAGCAUGCUGAGAGUUGGCUGAUCACAUAGUGCUAUCUCCUCCUCGUUGCCAUCUGCUACAUUAUAUUAAGAAACAGUUAUAACUAGCUAACAUGCAGGAAACUGCUGUAGUUGUUAGAGAGGUGUUGCAUGACGACAAAUGGGAGGAGAGGGCCAUGAAUGGGGAAGUGUUCCCUCAGACUAACUCUAUACUAAGAUGUGCUCUGGAUUGUGAAGAAGUUUGAGCACCCAUAUAGUACAUGUUGUGUGAGUUAACCUCUAAAAAACUAGUAUUUUCAGUUACUUGUGCUGGCAUUUGUUUGGUUGCAACUAACUUUAAAGCAAAUAUACUGUACAGCCAAGAUACGAUUUCUGGUCUUGUUCUUGGCCAUAACACAAGCCUACCUUGCUUUUGAACUAAUUUAAAGUCAACUGUAUUUGCUGAGCUUUAAGUUUGUGCAAAAAUAUAUAAAAUUUGUUUUAUAUGUAACAGGGUUGGAGUAAAACUCUCACUUGGUAACACCAAUAAAA